AUGGCACUUCAUCCUUUGAAGCAAGCCCUCAGGGCCAAUAAGCCUGCAUUCGGGGCAUGGCUCACCCUACCUGGAACCUUUCACGCGCGAACUGUAGCCAAGUCGACCAACGAUCUGUCAUGGAUUGCAGUAGAUUGCGAACACGGUUUGAUACCGCUUCUCCCAGCAGCUGCAGAGAGUAUUGCUGCUAUAGAGGGUGCGCGACCUGGCGGUGGACCAAGUGCAAUAGUCAGGAUACCAGCUACAGGGGUUACCAAUAGCUCAAGCUGGCAAAUCAAGCAUGCGCUCGACGGCGGCGCGAGGGGCAUUAUCGUACCUUUGGUGUCUACAGCUGCUAAAGCCAAAGAAGUUGUCGCAGACAGUCGCUUCCCUCCGUUGGGCAGACGUGGUUUUGGAAGCCCUUUCACGCACGGAACGUGGGGCGUGACUGCAUCCGAGUACAUCAACUCAGCAAACGACGAAAUUUUGGUGAUGAUUCAAAUAGAGAACAAAGAAGCGGUGGAAAAUGUUUCUGAGAUCGCCAACGUUGAUGGUGUUGACGUUCUAUUCAUUGGACCAUACGAUCUCUCCAUUUGUCUUGGAUACCCUACUCCAAACCCCGAUCCACAUCCCGAUGUCGAAAAGGUCAUCCAGAAGAUUCUACAAGCAGCUCAUGAGUCUGGAAAGAAAUGCGCUAUAUAUUGUACCUCUGGAAAGCAGGCAGCGCUGCGCGCACAGCAAGGAUUUGAUAUGAUCAAUGUUACAAGCGACAUGGGUGCAAUGUCAGAGUCUAUCGCUCACCACAUCGCCGUUGCUACCACAGGUACGAAGCAAUGA